UGUUCACAAUGCUUUAAAGCUAUCUCCAGGCAAUUCAGAUUUCUGUGUUCUGACAAACAGCCUUACCACCAUAUGUUCAUCCUAAACGCAAAUCUUCCUCUGAUAUGCGAGAGAUUCUUAAGCAUUUCUGGAUAUUAUAGAGAGAAAUGGUAAAUAGAUUUUUAAUCCAGAGGAAGACAGAACUUACUUUCUGAACGAGUGGUUGAGAAGGAAUCGCCUUACAUUAAAAAAAAACUGCAACGGCAGUGAUACACUUCGAAUGCUGGAAGAUCUUUGGUGCUUCUAACAUUUUGGAGUGGAAUAAUGGCAGAUAGUGAGAGUGAUUUCCAAACAGUUAGGCUAUUCAAUUACAAAGGGUGCAAGAUGUCCGGCAUUCACACCAUUGAACGUUUGGAUCAGAUGGAAAAUUACGAGGUGCGAGAUUCUGACGUAUUCGUGGUAACAUAUCCUAAAUCUGGAACAAUAUGGAUGCAGACAAUUUUGAUGUAUAUUUUUAUGGAUGACGAUUUGCAAACAGGAGAAACCAAAGCAUCUUUUUUCAAAGCACCAUGGCUUGAGUUAUCAAUAAAAGAAAUUAAUACUGAUGACCGUCCACCACCUCGCUUGUUUGUUACUCAUUUGCCUUAUCAACUCAUCCCAAAAGCUUUGAAGAACAAAAAGGCCAAGGGCUCUUCUGCUGCAGAUCACAUCAAGGAGCAGACAUCAGCCACUGACUGGAAUAAACUGCAGACUGUUAUUCAGGCUGACAACAACUUUAACUUCUGCAAUUAUCACAGCAAUGAAGGAGGAAAGUCUAUCCUGGCCUGGAUCUCACAGGGAGCAAAUGAAGGGAGGGAGAAAAAUACUGGGGUUAUCUAUGUAUACAGAAAUCCCAAGGAUGUUGCAGUUUCUUAUUAUCAUUUUCACAAGUUUGCUAAUUAUCUAGAAACCCCAGAAAACUUUGGUGCCUUUCUUCAGGCAUUUCUCGAAGGCCAAGUGGAUUACGACAGCUGGUUUGACCAUGUCAAAAACUGGUACAAUCACAGAGAAGAAUUUAACAUUAUAUUCCAGUCUUAUGAAGAAAUGAUCAAGGACCUGAAAAUGGCAGUACUGAAAUUCUGCAAAUUUCUUGGAAAACCUAUGGAUGACAAAAGUGUUGACGCAAUCGUAGAACACUCCACCUUUAAGAACAUGAAAUUAAAUCCAAAAACAAAUUAUGAAACUGCAGGAUUUCCUCUCUUCAACUCAUCACUUCCAGGUUUCAUGAGGCGAGGGAUAAUAGGAGACUGGAAAAACAAUUUCACUGUGGCCCAAAAUGAUAUGUUCAAUAACAUAUUCCAGGAGAAAAUGAAUGCCAUUCCUCUAAAGUUCAUCUGGGAAAAUGUUGCAUAAUGGUUUAUUUUAACAACACUGAACGCUGGAUGUUGGUCAAAAAUGUUUCCAGGCAACUAAAAAAAUUGCAUAGUAACUCUGCAAUCAUUUUAAUUGUUAAGUCGUAUUCCUAUUUCAUUGUUUGUCCUUAAUUUACCCAGAGAAAUGUUAUCAGUACAUAUGUAAUCCUUUCCUGCUAGUGACUAGUUUUAUAAUGCGACACUUUAUUUCAUUUACCUACCAAACCUUUAAAAGUGGUGUUGAUUUAGUCAAAAACUUUAUAAUAAAUGCAUAAUCUGUAUAUUUCUGCCUUGAUUAAUUUGAGCAAUGAUUGAUGUUGAAGAAACGUAAAUAGAAGGACGCUUAAAAAAAAAUUCAGAUAUUUUAUAAUAGCCAUGUUUUGGUUAUGUAUUUUAAACAUUUUUUACAACUCCAGUUCCAUAACAUAUUUUACAACUCCAGUUCCUUGACGCAAUAGCACAGCAACAUAAGUAGACUAUUCAAGCUCAUAUUACAAUUGAUAUUUCCCACAAAUAUUGCCAAUGAAAUUAAAUUCCUGACUUU